GGAAAAGAAAGAACCGAAAAAGCACAGAAAGACGCCACGAAGACGCCAAACGCAGCGUGGCAACCUCGCUACCGCAGGGUGGGAGGAAGCGAUACGUUGUUAAAAAAAAUAGAAGAAAAAAUGGCGUGCGCUACAAUUACCUCCGAUCGCUAGCCGCUUGACACCCUGACACGCAUUGCAGCCGAGCCACUGGGCUGGGCGAAGGCGAUUCCCCCCUGCCUGAACUCCGAGCCAGGUGCGGUGCCCUGCCGGGAGCGAGGCGCUGCGGAGGGAGACAGGAAGCAAACGCUCAACUUUCCCCCUUCUGCAAGGGCUGCAAUGAAAGACUCCAUUUAGGAGAGGAGGAGGGAGCCCUUUUACGCAGAUGACGGCUGGGAAGCCGCGAUUCCUUUCACGCUCGCCCAGGACUGGAUUGAUUCCUUUCGCUCUGGCUGCCUCUUCUCCUCUCCCCCCCCCCCCCCCCCACGUAAAUUUCCCCCCUUUCCUCCAGCAGAUGGAUUUUUGCCACUGCGGCUCAGCAGAGGGUGUCAGACCCUUCGGAGCGCGCAAGGCUGGAGAGAGCAGGGACCUCUUAGCAACUCCUGCCUUGGGAAUGAGUGAGUGAGGAAGACGAGAGGGGAGGGGGGAGGAAAAAAAGAAGACGAGAAGAGAGAGAGAGGAGGAGGAGGAGGAGGAGGAAGCGGAGAGAGGAGGAAGCCAGGCACAGAGAGAGAAAGAGGAGAGGAACGCCAGGGAACGCCAUGGAGAGCCCCCAAAGCGCCGCGAUUGCGGAUUUGUUGCCGCGCCAUUGGUUUGGCUGGGCGUGAUUUCAGCACCAAGGGCGACUGGACAGCGCCCGGCGGGGGGUCUCCCGGGCGGCCAGGAGGAGCAGCGGCGGCCAAGACAGAGAGAAGCCAGCUUUCUUGUACCUGCGUGGAUAGUUUGUGGAUAUGAUCUCUGACCUGAGUCCGAGCUAUUGCAGCGUUUGCGGGGGCAGAGAGGGCUGAAAGGAGACCAGAGCCCCCCCCCCCCAACUGGGGCAGAGAGGGCUGAAAGGAGACCAGACAGCGACACCCCCCCCCCCCAACUGGGGCACAGAAGACUGAAAGGAGACCAGGCAGCGCUUCUCCCCCCCCCAACUCCGAUCUCCCCCAUUUCAUUUCUCCCCACCCAUCAUUCUCUCCCUUUUUGGGGAUUUCUCAUCCUCCCCCUCUUCCCCCCUCUCCUCCUUUUUGGCGAUGGUUCGGACACUGCAUGCCCGGCAGGGACUUGCCCGGGCUUCGGCGUGAGGGCAGGGAUUUGCCUCGCAGUUCCUCCGUCUGCUCCAGUCCGGGGAUGACUCGCUGGGCGUAAAGAUGCUGCUUUGGAUCCUGCUACUGGAGACGUCUCUUUGUUUCGCCGCCGGGAAUGUUACAGGGGACGUUUGCAAAGAGAAGAUCUGCUCGUGCGCCGAGGUCGAGGGCGACUUGCACGUCGACUGCGAGAAGAAGGGCUUCACCAGCCUGCAGCGCUUCUCGGCCCCCACGUCGCAAUUCUACCAUUUGUUCUUGCACGGCAAUUCCCUCACGCGCCUUUUCCCCAACGAGUUUGCCAACUUUUACAAUGCGGUCAGCCUGCACAUGGAGAACAACGGCUUGCACGAGAUCGUGCCGGGGGCUUUCCUGGGGCUGCAGCUGGUGAAGCGGCUGCACCUCAACAACAACAAGCUCAAGUCGUUCCGCAAGCAGACCUUCCUGGGGCUGGAUGAUCUGGAGUACCUCCAGGCCGACUUCAACCUGCUGCGGGACAUCGACCCGGGGGCCUUCCGGGACUUGAACAAGCUGGAGGUGCUGAUCUUGAACGACAACCUCAUCAGCAUCCUGCCGGCCAACGUGUUCCAAUACGUGCCCAUCACUCACCUGGACCUGCGGGGCAACCGCCUGAAAACCUUGCCUUACGAGGACGUCUUGGAGCAGAUCCCGGGCAUCGCCGAGAUCCUCCUGGAGGACAACCCUUGGGACUGCACGUGCGACCUCCUCUCGCUGAAGGAAUGGCUCGAGAACAUCCCCAAGAACGCCUUGAUCGGCCGGGUGAUCUGCGAAGCCCCCACCAGGCUGCAGGGCAAAGACCUGAACGAGACCACGGAGCAGGAGCUGUGUAGGAAAAACCGGGUGGAUUCCAGCCUGGCCGCUCCCCCCGCGGAAGAGGACGCCUUCGAUCCUGGCCCCAUCCCAACUCCUUUCAAAGUCCACGGCAAGGAAGACCUGGUCACGCCUGGUUCCGCUCCUCACGGGGGCACUAAGAUCCCGGUCAACUGGCAGAUCAAGACCAGACCCACCGCCGCAGGUUCGACCCUGGCUGCCAAAGGCAAGUCCUCCAGCAGCACCCCUUGCCCGGCCACCUGCGUCUGCCAUCAGAUCCCGGGAGGCUUCAAGGUGAACUGCAACGACGGCAACGUGAGCAGCUUGAUGGACCUGAAGCCCAAGCCUUCCAGCGUGCACGAGCUGUUCUUGAGGGGCAACAAGGUUCACACCAUCCGGAAAUCGCAUUUUGUGGAUUACCGGAAGCUCAACCUGUUGGACUUGGGCAACAACAACAUCGCCACCAUGGAGAACAACACUUUCAAGAACCUCUUGGAGCUGGUGUGGCUGUAUAUGGACAACAACUACUUGGACAUUCUCUCUCGGGAGAAAUUCAAUGGCCUGCAGAACCUUGAGUACCUGAACAUGGAAUUUAACGUCAUCCAACUCAUCAUGCCAGGCACUUUUAAUGCCAUGCCCAAACUGAGGGUCCUCAUCUUGAACAACAACCUGCUGAGGUCCCUCCCUGUUGACGUCUUUGCUGGGGUGUCUCUCUCCAAGCUCAGCAUCCACAACAACUAUUUCCUCUACCUGCCUGUGGCAGGGGUGCUGGACCAACUCACCUCCAUCACCCAAAUAGACUUGCACGACAACCCAUGGGACUGUAGGUGCCCCAUCGUCCCUUUCAAGCAGUGGGUGGAGCUUCUGAGGCCCAAGGUGAUGAUGAGCGACUUGAGAUGUGAGACUCCUGAAGAGUUUUUCAAGGAGGACUUUGAGUCCCUCUCCAACGAGGCCAUUUGCCCUCAACUCAAAAUCAUGCCCACCUUGACUUCCACCCAUAAGAACAGCACUGGGCUGGCUGAGACUGGGACUCAUUCCAACUCUUACCUGGAGACCAGCAGGGUCUCCAUCUCAGUGCUGGUGCCUGGCCUUUUAUUGGUCUUCGUCACCUCUGCCUUCACAGUGGUUGGCAUGCUGGUCUUCAUCCUGAGGAACAGGAAGCGCUCCAAGAGGCGGGAUGCCAACUCCUCCGCCUCUGAGAUCAACUCUUUACAGACAGUCUGUGACUCUUCCUACUGGCACAAUGGACCCUACAAUGCGGACGGAGCCCAUAGGGUGUAUGACUGUGGUUCUCACUCCAUAUGAGACUGUGACACCAGAGUGGGGGAACUACAAAUUAAUUAUAAUUAUAAUCAAGACAGCCAAUCAUGUAUGGGCAACCAGUUCCACUUCAGCAAUCAGCAACCUCAACUCUCCAUGGGUGGUUCCAGCUCCCUUUUCUUGACCUGUACAUCGCUGUCUCCUCCGCUGACGUGAAUGGACCCCAACCAGGGACGGGGCUUGGCCCUCUCGAAGCUACCUUCUGGUGAAACGCACCUACCCGCUCACCAAAACUGGGAUCGAACGGAAUAGAGGCUUGCUCUUAAUUUAAUUUAAUUUCUGUUUUCCCCUCUGGCCCCUCACCCCCCAAACCUGAAGCUGUACUUGGUGCAACUGCGCACAGCUCACGGGGGAGGAAAGAAAGAAACAAGGAUUGAACUUGGGAAUCAACUUGAGGGGGGGCCGAAAGAGAAAAAAACCCACCCUUUCAGGGGGCCCCCCCAGCCAUGUGGAUUUUUUUGAUUUGGCUCUGUGUACGCGGGGGCCCCCUAGCGGUGACCUCCUCGUUGCGCCCAGAGCGUCCAGUUGCACGAAGGCAUGAAUGUAAUGUAAAUAAAUGACUCCGAUUUCAACCCCCCCCAACACAAAAAAACCCCCGAACAGUCCCAAGUUGCUGCAUGGCUCGCAUGGAUACAAACCACGCAGGGACGCUUCAGCCCCAAUGGAAGCAGCGUCCACUUUCACCUCGUCCUUCCUCUUAUCUGAUAAGUUCCAUCGUAUCAAACUUUCUAUAUACAAAAAUACAGUUAUACUCAGAAUAAAAAAAAGCAAAGGUGCCAUUUUCCGCCAUUAUUUUCGUGUGAUUGCUAGGCAGUAGAGAUCGUCCUUUUACUGUGAAACAAACGAGGGACAAAAAAAAAACCAACGAGAAAAAUGUAAAGAUUUUUAUUUAAGACAUGUUUGCAUGGCUAUAGUCUCAUGGGUUCAGGUUUUGCGUUUGGGAAUGGGGGGAUUACUUUGUGGGGGGGAGAGUUUUCCCUCUGUUGGGGGGGAGGGAGGCGGGGGUCAGUUUGCUUCUGGUUCUGUUGAGUUUCCUUUGGAAAAAAAAAACGAUAUUUCUCCAAAGGCUUUUCCAUCUGAAUGUUAACAACAAAAAAAGAAACCCCUUGGCGUUUUCAAAGUGUUAAAAUAUUAGCGGUUUUGCUUUUGUUUUGCUUUUUAAGAGAAAGAAUCCGGUGCAAUCGGGCUGGAGGAGUGAAAGCCACUCCAGUGCAUAAGAUGCUCAGUUUUAUUUUAUUUGGGAGGGGGGUUGCUUUUGAACAUCACACGCUUUAAAAAAAAAAUCUAACUGGAGGAAAUCCAAGCUGGGGGGAGGGCGGAGGGAAGCAAGCGAGAGACUUCAGCAAUUCUAUUCGAGGAUUUUAUAAUGGCAUAUUUUUUCAGUAUUAAAGUGAAAAAUGUUUGCAAA